UGCUCAUCGUGGGGAGCUUGUUGGCAUGGCCGACGUAAUAAUGGAGGCUGCCCCCAUCGCAGAAGCUGGACCGUCAAGGCGCGACCAGUUAGUUGAUACUUUUACAUCUUAUCGACAGCAGCUGGAUUUAGAGAAUGAAAGACGUGAACGCUUGAUCAUUCUCUCUCGAAGCAUCACACAACAGUCCAAAAAGGUCAUUUUUCACUUGCACCGCUGUGCUACUCUGCCUGGAACACCAGCAUUUGACAAGAAUAUCCAGACAGCCAGGACGAUGGUCCAAAAAAUCGUCGAGUCAUUUGCUCAAGUAUCUGCGGAAUUGCGAGAUACCUCAGACGCAGAAAGCUAUUGGAGGUGGUACAGGAACAUAUCCCCCGGGCUGGAAGAAUUCAUUGAGAGCAUUUCCUUCUUGCAUUAUCUCGAACAUAGGCAGUUGAUCACUUGUCAAGAAAUUCAAAAUACCUUGAAAGAAGAGGGACCCGACGAUACAUUAGUCGUUGUGACUCCCGACGACUUUAUCCUUGGAAUAUCUGAUCUGACUGGCGAGUUGAUGAGAUUUGCUACAAACGCCCUCAGCACUGGGGAUGCCGAGACGCCACAGGAGAUCUGUGCCUUCGUUCGGAACAUCAAGACUUACUUUGAUGGGAUUCCGACGCAUCACCUACGUCAAUUGAGUAAGAAGCAAGAGGAAACUACAAGAUCUCUGAUGAAGAUUGAGAAACUAUGUUAUGAGACUCAAUUGCGAUCUAUAGAAUACGAUGGUCGUCGAGAUGUGUUGGCUCAAAUGAGUCGACGUGAUGUUGAGGGCUAUAGAGAUCAGCCAAUAGAGGUCUGAGACAUACAUGUAGUGCAUAAAUCGGUUGUACGGAUAUCCUCCGCGCGCCACUUG